GAGAUAAUGGAGAAAUGGAAAGAUCCCUUUAAGCAAGAUAGUGAAAGUAUCCAUAAGUCAAUGGGGCUGGAGAAAUUCAAGUCAGGUCUUAGAAUUGAGGUUGUGGAUGACCCAGGUUUGUCUAAAAGACUUGAGCAAGAUGCUUCUGAAUCAGAAUUUUCAACUGGACACUUUGAAAAGAAGAAGCCAAUCACUCAUCGAAGAAUAGAACCUAAAGAUCUACUGAUUAAAGAAGAUAGCGAAUUCUACAAACUUGGAGGAAGGUUUAGUGUAGAGUCAGAAUUAUACAAAAUUCUUGAGGAAAUCAAGGAAAAUACCUUGGUUAGUAGGAAAAAGUCCAAGAAAAAAUUCAAACCAAAAGCUAAGAAAAGUAAGAAAAAGGUAACCUUUGAUGACCAGAAGUCAAAGAUUGUAAUGAGCGAGAAAGGGUUCCUCAUGGUUCCAAACCUAGUGACUCCUAGAAAUAACAGGAAAUUAAAAUAAAGCUAGAUUAAGCCAGUUUGUAAAAAUGAUGAAUAACAAUAUUCCACCCUCUAAAAGAAAAAUAGGGACAAAAUCCAUGAGUCAGAUACCUGAAUUCAGCUCACCUAACUUCAAGACUCCCAAGAUGAUGAAUUCAAGUUCAAUGUCCACCUUUCCAUCACUGGCUCCAAAAAAAGGCAACUUCAAAAUCUUUCAAACCCUUUGCUAUUGGAGAGAAAAAAGUCAAAAAUAAAGUACUGCAGAAAUCCCAAGAAAUUUCAAGAGGGCCUUAGAGUUCCUGCUUUAUCAACAGUGAAAAACUACCAGGAUUUCAAGUCCAAGAUCAGGAUGCUCAGGGGAGAUAUGGAGGAUCCAUUCAAGGAAGAAUCUAGAGAUCCUGAAGGCCAGAAAGGCUACAAAAUCAUACAAAUAAAAUUUAAGCCUGAUAAGUCAGACUAUGAUGUCCAAAAGAUUAUGAAGAGAAGGUAAAUUACAUACAAUGGUCAGAAGUGAGAAGGGAGAACCAAGAAUUUG